ACAGAGCGCAGUACAGCCUAACCCUUGAAAUAUUGAAAUUCUAACUAGAAAUAGACACUGAUUGCUAAUCACAUGACUGGCCCGACAGCACCUUCUUUUCUGUGACGACCUGUGUAACAAGCCAUCAUCAAGUGUGCUGUUUUCAGUGAUGGAGGAAAAAGUUGACCCGUAAUUUUGUAAGACAGAACAUCUGACUGUUUCCAACCACCUACUACUUCCCAGGUCAGGGCCUGCCCCAGUGAAACUCACUCUCAAAAAGCAAUUAACAGAAACAUUGCUGACCUGAUCCCACUUCACAGAGAAAAAGACAGAGAAGAAAGGAAAUUCAUCUUGAGUAAAUUCGAAUCACUGCAGAUAUUUUCAAGAGUUUAGAGCCGUCUGCUGAAGCCAGUUUGGGCACAGGAAAUGUCAAGUGCUUCAGACCUAAAUGAACAAGCAGACUUUCACCUUUGAAUGGACCUAACUUCGGAUGAUUUUCUAAACCAAGCAACUUUGACCUCUGCCCCCGUCAGAUUGAUGAAUAUUUAGAAGAGCUACUAUAAUGCAUGAGGACAGAGAAAACUAGUGAAUGAAGAAUUGUGCCAUGCACUGAACAGUUGGAAGCUCAGGUGUGAAGCUUGGUGAAAAAUGUCUGCUUGUAACACCUUCACUGAACACGUUUGGAAACCUGGGGAAUGCAAAAAUUGCUUCAAACCAAAAAGUUUGCACCAACUGCCACCAACUUCUGAGAAAACCUCCAUCACCCACAGCCAAGUGAAAACCAAUGCCAACCACAGUAACAACCACCGGGUUAGGAAUACGGGAAAUUUCCGGCCCCCAGUAGCAAAGAAGCCCACCAUAGCUGUGAAACCUACCAUGAUGGUGAUAGAUGGGCAGAAUAUACCUGGAGAAAUAAGCACCCCAGAACACUGUGAGAACAAGCCAGUAAUUUUAGGGUGGAACCGAAACAGGACUGCCGUGACUAAAAAACCACUUAACAAUAAUAACGAAGAUGACAUUGAAGGAUUUAGCCACGUCCACGGGCCUUCUGGCAACAAUGAAGGUGUAAGUAAGGUAGCAAAUAACAAUAAUGGACUGACUGAAGUGUUAAAGGAGAUUGCCGGUUUGGAUACCACCCCUCAGUUAAUAGGAGGUGAAAUCAACUCAAGAGAAACAUUCUUGGGAAGGAUCAACAAUUGCUAUAAACGAUCACUGGAAAGGAAGCUUCCCCCCAGCUGCAUGAUAGGUGGGAUGAAGGACAGUCAGAGUAAGCACGUCAUUCUGAGCAGCAGCACAGAAGUGAUCAGCAAUGAAGGGGGCCGGUUCUGUUACCCGGAGUUUUCCAGUGGGGACGAGAGUGAGGAUGAUGCGUUUUUUAGCAGCAUGCAGGAGGAGCAUGAGAGCUGGGAUGAAAGCGAUGAAGAAUUGCUAGCCAUGGAGAUCCGCAUGCGAGGGCAGCCUCGCUUUGCCAACUUCAGGGCAAACACCUUGUCUCCUGUGCAGUUCUCUGUGGGCAAAAAAUGGAACACGGUGCCCCUCCGAAACAAGUCACUCCAGAGGAUCUGCGCGGUCGACUAUGACGAUAGCUACGAUGAAAUUUUGAAUGGUUACGGAGCAGGCUCUGUGAGUCCUUAUGGGCAGGAAAGCCUACAGAGUAUGGUGUCGUCUGAUUCUACGUCUCCCGACUCUUCACUGACAGAAGAGUCUCGCUCUGGGACUGCCAGUAGCUCAUCGCAGAAACUGUGUAAUGGGGGGUUGUCACCCGGCACCCCAAAAGAAAUGAAGGGCAUCCAGUCGAUUGAGCCAGGUUAUGAAAGUCUCUCUGAGAGUCAGCAGGUGAAGGACACUCCAAAAAGCCCUACCAAGCUCCCAGAGACCCAUAAGGCAGUCCUUGCUCUCAGACUGGAGGAAAAAGACGGCAAGAUCGCCCUACAGACCGAGAAGCAGGAAAACAAGAGCUCCAUAGAUGUUGCUGGGCAAGCAGUGACGAUAAAUAUAGUACCCACAGAGGAGCAAGCAAAACCUUACAGAGUAGUGAAUCUGGAGCAGCCCAUAUGCAAGCCGUAUACCGUAGUUGAUGUCUCGGCGGCCAUGACCCAGGAGCACAUGGAAAGACAGACAGAAAGUACCAAAACGAAAAGCCCAUCCUCUUCCCCAAAUUCUCCCCUCACGUCUCUCACUUCGACAGCGGGGCAAGCAAACGCCCAUUUAAAGAAAUCCAGUGCGAUCCGAUACCAGGAAGUCUGGACUUCCAGCACCAGCCCGCGACAAAAGAUACCUAAAGUUGAAUUAAUUAGUGGCGGUUCAGGACCAGUGGUUCCUCCACGGAAGAGCUGUCAUAAAUCAGCCCCUACUUCACCCACAGCCACAAGUAUUUCGUCCAAGACUAUCCCAGUUAAAUCACCCAAUUUGUCCGAGAUAAAAUUCAAUAGUUACAAUAACGCCGGGAUGCCGCCUUUUCCCAUCAUUAUUCACGAUGAACCGACUUACGCUCGGAGCUCUAAGAAUGCCAUCAAAGUUCCCAUCGUAAUCAAUCCAAAUGCAUAUGACAAUCUAGCCAUCUAUAAGAGUUUUCUGGGAACCAGUGGAGAGUUAUCCAACAAAGAUAAAACCACUAGCGUAAUAAGCCACACUUAUGAAGAAAUAGAAACGGAGAGCAAGGUGUCCGAUUGCGUGGGUAGUAAACCCACUGAAUUGCCCUCAACUAAAGGGUUCUCAAAUAGCCCAGAGCGCAAGUUAGGGUCUGUGGCUCAGAAGGUUCAAGAGUUUAACAACUGCCUCAGCAGAGGUCAGUCUUCACCCCAGAGAAGUCACAGUUCUAGCCACGGCUCCCCUGUAAAAAUCCAGAAAACCACUCAAGAAUCCACCACCAAAAUAGAAGCCUCUCAGGAGUCUCAAGCAUCUGGCGGCAGCAACAGGGAGAAAGCAAGUACAGUGCUUUCUCAGAUCGUGGCUUCCAUCCAACCCCCACAGUCUCCUCCCGAAACCCCUCCGUCUGGCCCCAAAGCUGGCAAUGUGGAUGAGUUAUAUGCUCUUCCUCCAGAUGCAGACACCACUGAAAAUACACCAGUACGGCCCAGUGCUCUCUUUACGUCACAGCCCAGCAGCGAGACGGAAGUGCUCCAGUCGGCCGAGAGCCCUCCCCCUAAAACGCAGAAAGAUCCACUUUCAAAGCCAGUUGGUGCUCACCCCUCCAAGCCAGUUACCAGCCCUUACUCGGCCAGCCCCAAAACAGAACAGGCACCCCCUUUUCCUCCUCCACGUUCCACCUCCUCUCCCUACCACGCGAGCAACCUUUUGCAGAGGCACUUCAGCAACUGGACCAAGCCAACCAGCCCCACCAGGUCAACGGAGGCCGAAUCGAUUCUCCAGCCCGAGGGCAGACGAGCAGCCGACGCCAAACCCAAGCGCUGGAUAUCAUUUAAGAGCUUCUUCCGCCGCAGGAAAACUGAUGAGGAGGAAGACAAAGACAAAGAGAGAGAGAAAGGGAAGUUGGUUGGCCUGGAUGGGACGGUCAUCCACAUGCUUCCCCCACCUCCUGUCCAACGCCAUCAUUGGUUCACAGAGUCAAAGACCGAGGCGAAUGAGAAGCCGUCCAUCAUUUUCAUGUACAGGUGUGAACCUGAACAGAUGGAACCAAACGCUGACCAAAACAAGACAGGGGUGGAGCAACCAGCCAUUAAAAAUAGAGGAGAUUUAGAAGAAAAACUCCCGCAAGACACUGGUAUUGAAAAGAAGAAAAGAAGCCAUUCCUCUCCUCCUCAGAUUCCCAAGAAAAUUAUCAGCUCAGCAGAAGUCAAUGGGAUCAGUGGCUCACCAGAGUUUCAAAACAUGAUUAACAGACUCAAGAAGGUCCUGAGAGAAUUUCCUUUAAUGGGGAAUUGUGUGAGUGAAUACAGUGGUCAAGGGUCAGAUGAGGUGGCAGUGGAGGAGGUUUCUCCUCGCAUCCCUUCUCCUCGCAUCUCAAGAGCUGCCCAACCGAAGCAAGACAGCAGUGGCGAUGCCUCGGUCCUGUCUGUCCCGCCUCCGCAGACCCCGGAGCGGGAGGAAGAAAAGGAGGAAACGUCUGAUCCUUCUGAUGCGAGCUCAUGUAGUGCGACAUAUAGCAACCUAGGGCAAUCCAGAGCCGCCAUGAUACCCCCCAAGCAUCCCCGGCAACCCAAGGGAGCGUUAGAUGAUGCCAUCGUUUUUGGAGGAACAGCGGAACGAGAAGCAAGUAAAGAUCGCCAGCCCACGCCACCGCCACUGCCGAAGAAAACUAUCAUGAGAGCCAACACCGAACCGAUUCCCAAAGAUCUCCAGAGGUCCCUGGAGAAUUCCUUGUAUGUCGUGGCCAACCCCACCUACGAUAUUGACCCAAACUGGGAUGACAGCAGUGCCGGCUCUUCAGUCUGCUCGGAACUCAAGGGAUUGGACCACGAGUCAGGCGAUUCCUUGGACAGACCGCCGUGGAAAACGAGACCAUCCACCUCAGCCGCCAACAGCGUUUGCAGCUUAACCACUAUCAGUAUUAAGGAUCGGUUCUCCAACAGCACGGAGUCCCUGACAGGGAGACGCGACCCCCAGGGCCAACGGGGCAAAAGUAUCCAGAAGCCACAGAGGCAAGCACUUUACCGAGGAAUUGAGAACCGGGAGGAGAUGAUGGGGCAGAUCCGAAGCCUCCACACGGAUUCGCUGAAGAAACUGGCAGUCAAAUGUGAAGAUCUUUUUAUGGCCGGACAAAAGGAUCAACUCCGGUUUGGAGUGGACAGCUGGUCAGACUUCAGGCUGUCCAGUGACAGGCCGUGCUGUGAGGCUGGCGAUGCCGUUUACUACCCAGCUUCGUAUGCAAAAGAUCCACUCAAUAACUAUGCAGUUAAGAUUUGCAAGAGUAAAGAGAAAGAAUCCCAGCAGUAUUAUCACAGCUUAGCCGUCCGCCAGAGUCUGGCGGUGAAUUUUAACAUCCAGCAGGACUGUGGCCAUUUCCUGGCCGAAGUCCCCACUCGUCUUCUUCCCUGGGCAGACCGUGACACCCCUGGGAAGGCGGGGGAGGACGAUGAAGAGGAGGAUGAUGCGGAGGCAGGGGAAGCCGAGCCGAAGAGCAGGGACGCGCCGUCGGAGGCAGCCGGCUCCAGCGGCCAAGGAGCAGCCAGCAAGCAGCGCAGUCAUGUGGUGGUCAUCACCCGGGAGGUCCCAGACCACACGGUAGCUGACUUCGUCCGCGAGGGAGCCGCCCAGCACGGGAAGGACGCGGAGGCGUACGAAAGGCAAGUGUGCCUGCUCCUUUUACAGCUCUGCUCGGGCCUGGAGCACCUGAAGCCCUACCACGUGACCCACUGUGACCUGCGGCUGGAAAACCUGCUGCUCGUCCACCCCGGACCUGAGAGAGGCCCCCAGAACGGAGAGCCCAGGGAGCCCGGCCUCCCCGCCACCUCCCUGGGGCCGCCGGUCAACAGGCUGAUCGUCAGCAACUUCUCGCAGGCCAAGCAGAAGAGCCACGUGGUCGACCCCGAGGUCCUCCGGGACCAGUCCCGCCUGGCCCCGGAGAUCAUCACGGCCACGCAGUACAAAAAGUGCGACGAGUUCCAGACGGGCAUCCUCAUUUACGAAAUGCUGCACCUCCCCAACCCUUUCGACGAGAAUCCGGAGCUGAAGGAGAAAGAGUACACCCGGGCCGACCUCCCCCGGAUCCCCCGCCGCUCCCCCUAUUCCCCGGGCCUGGAGCAACUCGCCGGCUGCCUCCUGAACCCCAACCCUUCGGAGCGGAUCCUCAUUUCCGACGCCAAGGGGAUCCUGCAGUGUCUCCUCUGGGGUCCUCGGGAGGAUGUGUUCCAGAAACUCUCCGCCUCCUCCAGCGCCGGGCAGAGAAGUGCCGUCCUCCAAAACUGGCUGGACAUCAGGCGGACCCUGCUGAUGGUCAGGUUUGCCGAGAAGUCCUUGGACAGGGAGUGUGGGAUCAACCUUGAAGACUGGCUCUGUGCCCAGUAUCUGGCCUUUGCCACCACGGAAUCCCUCAGCUGCAUUGUGAAAAUCCUCCAGCCCCGUUAAAGCCGCCGUCCCGAAGUACCCCCUUCUGCCCAUUAGUGUGAGAGCCGAAAAGAAACGAGUUCUCACAGCCACCGUCCCCGAGCACGUGGGAAGCCAUUUGGUUGUCUCCAACUUGAAAGAUGAUGGAGUCCUGUUCAGCCUCAAAAUUCCAACUGUUGAAAUGAAACUGCAGGAACAAGCAGUUGCCUCCAGCUGAAUACCUUCCACUCAAAUAUUUCUACAAAUAUAUGUAUGUAUAUAUACAUAUAUACACACAUAUAUGUGUGUGUGUGUGUGUGUAUAUGAAAGAAAUAAAAUACAACCUAAGCGAAUAACUCUGUUUAGAGGAGGACAGUGAGCUGCAUUUAGAUAUCCCACUCCUGCUGGAUGUACCUUCCACUUCAGCAUCAGAGGUUUACUGUAUAUAGCAGCAAAAUGAUGUUAACUAACGAUGGUAACCAGGAGACAGUUAAAAUGUUCGUUGUUAUUUCUUUCUCUGAAAUAUGUAUAUCUGAUUAGUAGUCCUGUAGAACUGUUAGCGUCAUCAUGAUGGUGUGACCGGGGGCUGCGUGGAUGUAUUGCAGACGUUGGAGAGAAAAAUGAAAGGUCCCGUUGGAAACUAGCCUUCAAUCCAGGGGUUGAAAGGACCGGAACCCCACCUCAUCCUGUUCCUCCACCACUCUCCUCUUCCCAAUACAACCAGACAUGAUCCUUGCAGUUUGAGAUUUCAGUCAUCGGCCACUUGUAGCCUCUUACGGAGCAGUCUCAAAUCGGGGUCCCUGCCGUCUCAGUGGGGAAAGGACAUUGUUCAGCGCUGACCUCUUCGUUGCCAGCGGAGUCCCGUGGAGAUGGUCAUCCUGCUUGUGCAGUUCUCUGGGGGUCGAGGGGAGCGACGGCUGUUUUAAAUGACAGCUCUCUGAUGGCCGCCGGAUAUCGAGUUCAGCAGCCACAGCAAGCAGGGCCCCGAUUGUGGUUCUGUUUCCCCUUUAGCAAUAAUCGGAUCUUUCCCGUUCUCAGUAGCCAGUGUUAACGAGCACGCCGACCGCUCCAAACAGGGCUCUUGCAGAGGAUUGGCGUUCAGCCGAGCUCUGAGAGCUGUUCGCAGGGAAAAGAACUGCUGGCUGGCUCUCGAGGUGAUGGCAAGAGGGGAAAGACACCACUUGCUGCAGCUGCUGACCUCCUCCCCUGGAUCACUCACCUGGCCUGUAUAGUAGACGCCUCUUCCUCGGACAAGUUGCCCAAUUGCUCGACAUUACCUGCCUCCACGUUCUCCGGUAACUGGUUGCGAAGGCCAAGUUCGGAAGGGAAUUUGAUUUGUUAAGGGGGUGGCAGAGAGCCUAUGGCCUUUUCUAGAGCCUGUGCUUUACUCCUAUGGAUCUAUGUGCAAUUCUUGUAUGUAUUUUUUUAAAGCUGUAUAUUACAGUGUUUACGUUGCAACUUCACCUGAAGCAAGACCUGAAGAAAACCUCCCCCACUCCCACCCCCUUUAC